AUGACAAGAUUAGCGAACGCCGUUACUCUCCUCGGCGCGGGCACUCAAGGCUCGCGCCUCGCCUACAUGUGGUCACGCCUUGGGAAACCAGUCUAUCUCGUCGACAAGAGCUCAAGCCAACUUACGCAGGCAUCGUCUGCCGUCCACGAUAUGCGAGAAAGAAACCCACCCGAGCGGGAAGGAAAGUUGAUUCGGCUUGAUACGGAUAACAUGGAAAAGGCCCUCCGCAACUCUUGGUUGACGAUCGAGUGUAUCCCAGAGGACCUCCAACGCAAACGGGCCGUAAUUAAAGAGCUCGAUACCAGAACUGACCCGGAGACAAUCAUUGCGACCAAUUCCAGCAGUUACCCGAUCUCAGAUAUCGUUAAGGGGUUGUCUUUGAAGGCGGAUGAUCGGCUUGUCAACUUGCAUGCUUUCUGGCCACCAGAAACACAAGCCCUCGAGAUCAUGGGCACCGAAAAAACCCGACCUGACAUAAUCCCUCUUCUCAUGAAAGAGACCCAAAGACACGGGUUCAUGCCCUUCCACGUCAAGAAACACUCCACGGGAUACAUGUUCAAUCGCAUCUGGGCUGCAAUCAAGCGGGAGACCCUCUUGGUCCUAGAGGAGGGUAUCGCGACCCCGAAAGAAGUAGACCAGAUCUGCAAGGCCGUGCUGAAAACACCCCUGGGGCCCUGCGAGCAGAUGGACAUUGCCGGCCUGGACGUCAUCCUCGACAUCGAGAAGCAUUACGCGCAGGAAAGAAGUGGGAUCCCCGAAGGACCCCGGCGGCUGCUGAAGGAAAUGGUCGGGCAGGGAAACUUGGGAGUGAAGUCUGGAUCUGGAUUCUUCAAGUACAACAACUCCGUCAAAACCUAA